AUGUCAGCGGCUCGCAAGGUGUUCCACUGUGCUGUGGACGACACUGUCCUGACCACCAAUAUCAGCGAAAUCAAGCGAUGGGCUUCUAAUGGAGCAAUAACCUUGUUUGUUCCGCUAUACACUCUCGAGCGUCUGCAAGCGCCAAAACGCGGUGGCUCCCAGGUUGCUAUCAACUCCCGCGAAGCUGUUCGUUUUCUCGACCGAGUAACAUCCGGAAAAGACAAUAUUCCGGCUGAGCGAAUUAUCCUACAGGGCCCGAUGGAGCAGUACGAAAACUGGGCCGAUGCAGAACAAUACUUUCUCCCGGAAUUCCAAGAUGAAGCCGAUGAGCACAACGCAGAGGUUGAAGGCGAUGUGCUUUCUACACCCAAAGUGGAAGUCGGAGUGAAGGCGAAUGGAAGUGCCCGGAAGUCGGAGCAAAAGGGACCUGGGUUGCCGGGCUUGCCAAGCGACCUGUCGCAGAUGCUUCUGAGCAAACUCAAUUUCAAAGAGCCAGCGCCUGUUGAUAUUAAGUCUUCAGUGUCCCUGCCGUCAAUUGGUACUCAGAGCGAUGAGGGAUCGCGGACAUCGUCUCGCAGUUCUCGCAGUGGUCCGGAAUACGCAGAACAUAACGCUACGCAGCCCGGACGUGGUCACCAGCGAACCACGUCUAGUUCAUCAAGUUCUCCACCGAUUCCUACAGCCCUGCGACCUUUGUUUAGUGCGCUGCUAUGGCGUCUGCACCAGGACCAGGCGUCUACCGGAGUCCCACAAAACCUUACACUUGUCAGCAAUGAUCGUGACAUCCAGAUUUGGGCGGAGAAGUUUGGGAUCUUGACCAAGAAUAUUCAUCAGCUUCGAACGGCAAUUCAGUACGAAGAAAAGGAAUUUAAGAAUCGCGUCAAAUAUGCCGAGAAAACGCAGCAUGUCAACCCGUCGCCAAAGCCACUGUUGUCCUACGAAAAUGAAAGUGAAGAGGACGAGUUGGUAUUUGUUCCGCGUGGCCGAGGCAAAGGUGCGGGCCGGAGUACCGCAAGUCGGGGUGCAAAUAAUCGGAAGGCUCGAGCAGCAGCAGCAGCAGCUAUUGCCCAGGCAGAUACUACGGUUGAAGUGCCGUCGGAGCCUAUCGACCCAGAUUCAUUUAGCCGCUCAAUCGGUGCCACGACAACUGUGAGACAGCCUGCUUUGGAUUUGAGUUCUCAGAAUGGAGUAUCUCGCAGUCUAGCAGCUUCUUCUAGGCGCCAUGGCGGUGAUCACGGCAAUGCUGGCGGCGGCGGCGGUAGUAGUAGUCGCCGUCGUCAGCGCGGUGCUGGGGGGUCUCGAGCCAGUUCUUUUUCACGUGGUGGACGUGGUCAAGGAAAACUAUGGGUUCCGUAA